UACAGUAAGGUGGAGCGGAAUUGACGUAAGCGUCUCUUCCGGCGGCUCCUCGCACUGUCCUCUGGGAAUUGUAGUUCUGUGAAUUCCGGGCGGCUGACAGGAAAGAGAAGAGAGAGAGACAUGAUCCGCUUCAUCCUCAUCCAGAACCGGGCCGGGAAGACUCGCCUGGCCAAGUGGUACAUGCAGUUCGAUGACGACGAGAAGCAGAAGCUGAUUGAGGAGGUCCACGCCGUGGUGACCGUCCGAGACGCCAAACACACCAACUUCGUGGAGUUCCGGAACUUCAAGAUCAUCUACCGGCGAUACGCCGGCCUGUACUUCUGUAUCUGCGUGGAUGUGACGGACAAUAACCUGGCCUACCUGGAGGCCAUUCACAACUUUGUAGAGGUGCUGAAUGAAUAUUUCCACAACGUGUGUGAGCUGGACCUGGUGUUCAACUUCUACAAGGUUUACACGGUGGUGGAUGAGAUGUUUCUCGCCGGAGAGAUCCGGGAAACCAGCCAGACGAAAGUCCUGAAGCAGCUGCUGAUGCUGCAGUCCCUGGAGUGA